CUAAAAACAAAAUCUGAAAAUCUAAUUAAUUAAUGAACAGCGUUUCACUGCACUGUAAUAGUAAGACUCUACAACUUCCUUCAGCAUUGUAAUUUCUCCUUUUAGUGUAUUCUGGGAAGUCCUUCCUCCACUAUGUGUCUUUUCUGACUUCAGAAAGCUUAUAAGAGCUGACAGGAAGUUCUGAACUGUAGUUGUCCUUCAGACGGGCAGCAGGACCAUGACUGAAGCUGAUGUAACGUACGCUGAUGUGAAGUUCAACAAAUCAAGAGCCAGAGAAAAUGUUGCAUCUGAAGAAAGCACUUACUCUGAGGUCAAGAUCUCAAACAAACAUCCACCAGUCUCUGCAAACUGUGCAGCAAAUAUCCAACAACAUGGGUCCAGCGGGAGGUCAAAGGUCACCUCAGAGCGACUGGUUCUGCUGGUUCUUAUUGGACUGUUGGUAGCUUCUCUCGCCGCUCUUGGAGUCACCUUGUUCAAAAACAUUCAAAACAACCAAGUUGUCCAGACCCUGAAAAAGGAGAAUGAAGCUCUGAGGAAAAAUAUCUCAGAAUCGAUGACUAAAAUAUCUACACGUCCACCACCUCCAACAUGUCCAAAACCUCCUUUAUGUCCAAAUAAGACGUGUCUGAAGUGUGGAGCAGGCUGGGAGCUACAUGAAGGAAACUGUUAUAAUUUCAGCACCAUGAAGUCCUCCUGGAAUGAGAGCAGAGAUUCCUGCAAAGAUCUGGGAGGAGACCUGGUGAAGAUAGACAGCAGAGAGGAGCAGAUGUUCCUGGAGGAGAAACUGAGAGGCUUGAUGGAGGAACCAGAGGACAAGUUCUGGAUCGGACUGACGGACUCAGAGCUAGAAGGCAGCUGGUUGUGGGUGGACGGAUCACCUCUGAAUGAAAGUUUGAAGUUUUGGUGUGGCAAUGAGCCUGAUGACUGGAAAGGUCAUAAUCCAGCUGGAGAAGACUGUGUGAGGAUGGGAGAGAAAGGAGGAGCCAGUGAUCUGAAGUGUUGGUUUGAUAGAUCCUGUAAUGAUCCUCACAAGAGUAUCUGUGAGAAAUCAGCAGUAUCUGGUCAAACUUCAUGUGUCUGUAAAUGAAGUUCAGUUCAGUCCUUUAAACGAUCUGAGAACCGGAUCAGGAGGCUGCAGAGAUUCUGGUUCUAUCAACAUAAUGUUACAAACAUAGAAAGAUCCCUUCCAGACAUGUUAAAAGAUAAAUUCUCCACUUUCAGAAGUUAGUACUUUCUGGUAUUUAGGUCUACUCUGGAGCAUCAGGAGAGAACCUGGAGAACAGCUCAGAAGCUCUGAGUUAUAAACAGGAACCUGAUCUGGAAGAACCUGCAGCAGAACAUGUCUGUCAGUUUCUCUGAGGAUUUAUUUCUGCUUCAGGCUUCCAGUAGAACAGCUCAUGUCUUUCUCUCUAGUUCCAGAUCGAAGGACAAACUGUGGUUCUAACGGGUUUGGAUCCUGGAUGUGGACCCAGACACAUUCUGUGAUCU